UGGAAACUAGCUGCUACCCGCUGUUUAUACAGAAAGCAGCCAUGUGACUUUGUUCCCUGACAGGAAGAAGUGCAGUUGUAGUGAAGCUCAACUCAGCCUCAACUAAACAAAUAGAGCAUUUAAUGUGUUCCUUAUGGAUGCCACCUUAAAAUUGUUGUCGUUAAACCCAGAAGACCAGGGUACACAAAGAUGUCGACUUGGACCCAAAGCAAUGUCUCUUAUUGGUGCAAAGAUAGGAUCCCCUGUCUUAAUCAUUUUACCAAGUUGCUACUGCUUGUGCACAGUUUGGCCAAGAAAAGAUUUGUGUGAAGGAUUUUUGCAGAUUGAUGUUAUGUGUUCUACAGUACUAAAAUCUUUGGAGUCAUUUAGUGAAAAAACCUUAAGUUUGAACCAGUUAAAAUGCUUAAACGUUGUUAGAUUAAGGAAGAUUACAGUAAAGGUAGUUUUAAAAAACUUAAAAAUGAAACAAAUUACCAGUGGAACAACACUCCACGAGAUUGUGAGAGACAUGCUAAGGAAUGUCUAUGUGUUAUCUCAGUUUGUUGUAUCUGUUAAAGAAGAUUCACCAGUUGCAAAUGUGGAGGUACUUGAUACUGAUCAGUUAUUAGAAGAGGCUGGGCUUGUUACAGCAAAAACAAACAUAUGUAUAAAGGAGGUUAUUACGCUUGAGUGGUACAAUCAUGUAUUUCAGUCUGUCCCUGGAUAUCAGAUUGCUGGAAUGGAUGAUGUAUGUGACUUACUGAAAGAAAUCAUUCAUUUACCCAUGCGUUAUCCAAAGACAAUAUCCAAAUUAGGUCUUGCUUGUCCCAAAGGAUUACUGUUGGUUGGACCUCCUGGUGUUGGGAAGACUCUGUUGGUAAAAGCUGUUGCAAGAGAUGUUGGGGCAUAUCUGAUUAGCAUCAGUGGUCCUUCCAUUUAUGGUUCAAGACCUGGAGAAAGUGAAGAGAGUUUACGGACAGUCUUUGAAAAAGCAAGAGACAUCUGUGCUGAAGGUCCAUGUGUUCUUUUUAUUGAUGAAAUUGACUCUUUGUGUCCUAAACGUGGGAAUUCAAAUAAUGCUCCUGAAAACAGAAUUGUUGCUCAGCUUUUGACACUUAUGGAUGGUAUUCACAGUGAUAACAAAAUGGUUAUAGUCGCUGCAACAAAUCGACCAGAUGCCUUAGAUUCAGCACUAAGAAGACCUGGCAGAUUUGACAGAGAGAUUGUGAUUGGAACCCCAACACUCAAACAGAGAAGAGCUAUCCUUGAAGUCUUGACUUCAAAUUUGCCCAUUAGUGCAGAUGUGGAUGUGAACAGUUUGGCGGACAUGACUGUGGGGUAUGUAGGAGCUGAUCUUACAGCCCUCUGUAGAGAAGCAGCCAUGCAAGCUGUGCUUCAAACGUGUGUGGAUGAUCAGGAUAAUAUAAUCAAAGGAACUCAUUUUUAUGAAGCUUUUAAAAAAAUCUGCCCUACAUCUGUCCGGAGUUCUAUUGGGCAAGUGGAAUUAAAACCCAUUUAUUGGGAUCAAAUUGGUGGCCUUGAGGACAUCAAACUACAAUUACAACAGAGCAUCGAGUGGCCAAUGAAAUAUCCAGAUGCCUUUAUCAGAAUGGGUUUGUCCCUGCCAAAAGUGGUGCUUCUUUAUGGACCCCCAGGAUGUGCAAAAACCAUGCUGGUGAAAGCUGUAGCUACAAGCUGCCAUUGCUCAUUCUUAUCAGUUAGUGGUGCUGAUCUGUUUUCACCAUAUGUGGGGGAUUCCGAAAAGACUCUAGCACAGGUUUUCAGACAAGCAAGGGCAAGCACUCCAGCCAUUGUAUUCCUGGAUGAAAUUGAUGCUAUCCUGGGUUCUCGGUCAGAAUCCAGUACAGGUGCUGGGGUCCAGGAGAGAGUUCUGUCUGUACUUUUGAAUGAGCUGGAUGGUGUGGGAAUAAAAAUAACAGAACGCAGAGGAAAUCAUGUGCAGCUUGAAGGUCAUAAAAAUGAUUAUAAUGAAAAGUUUGAAUUUCAGGAGGUUGUGAAUAAAUCUGUGAUGGUUGUGGCUGCAACAAACAGGCCUGAUAGUUUAGAUGAUGCAUUGUUGAGACCUGGAAGGCUGGAUAAGCUUCUCUACAUACCUCCGCCAGAUGAAAAGGCACGUUUAUCUGUACUUAAAAUCUGCACCACCACUAUGCCAUUAGAUCCCGAUGUGUGUCUAGAAAACCUGGCAGCUGAUACUGCAUCUUAUUCUGGAGCUGAUCUCCAAAAUCUCUGUAAAGAGGUCCCUGUGAGGAGUGGCAUCCUCUCAUACCGGGUGAGCUGUCCUCGUGCCGGACAGCUGAAUGUACAGGUAAGUGUCUUUUUGUCUUCUGGGGCUAGGAUGCUGGCACUGAAGGAGUUAAAGACUCUAACAACUGAAAGCCUGUACUUAGUUUGGGACACAAAUCCUUAUGAAGGAUGGUUUAUGGCAGUGGGCAGGCACAAAUCUGGCAUGUGUUUGUGGAGACUUGAGAGUUAA